AUGUUAGGUAUAGCUCAAGCUUCUGGUGAGCGUGGUGAACGAAUGGUUUUGUUUGCCUAUGGCGGCAACGUUUCUAGCACCGAUGAUGAACGUGCUCGUCUCCUUGAUACUUCCGACCAGCUUCCCGAUCCAGCAGCUGGAAACACUGCGCCAAAGAUAAAGCCCAGACCAACAAUGCAUGCUCGAUACUGGAAUCCAUUCUUCAGAAAUCUUACACCUGAACCUCGUGAUAUCGUUUGGAGUAACGUUUCCGUCCCUUCGAACGAGAGACGUGUCCGACAACUUCUGGUUUCCGCCUUUACGAUUGCUUUAUUCGUCUUCUAUACUCCACCAUUAACGUUCCUUGCUUCUUUGCUCAGUCCAAACACGAUCAAGAAGUACUUACCAGGUCUGUACGAUCUUCUACGCAAGAAUAGACGAUUGGAAGCACUGUUACCGGUCACAUUUGGUCGUGCGUUUGGUCAACUGACGGCAAAGACACCUCGUCAACAUGCUGAGCUGAAUGCACCACCUCAGCUAUACACUGGAAGUGUGUAUCCUACCGCUUUGAUCGUUUUCACUUUGGGUGUCCUUUACAGUAUUGUCACACCAUUGAUCGCCGUCUUCGCAAUGAUCUACUUUGCCCUGGCAUAUCUGGUUCACAAGUACAAGCUUUUGUUUGGUUUUCUACGGAUCAUACGAAUCAAGAGGGCAAGCAUGGCCUUUCAACUGCUAUUGUCAACAUUGCCGUUACCGUUGAUCGCUUUCACGUUUUGGUUCCAGCAUUACCUUUCGCGAACAUUCACAGAGUUGAGCAAAUAUGUCAGCUUGAGCAGCAUUGCCGAUAUCAACAAGCCAAGUCUACAGUCAGGAACAGGAAAGACACAGGCAACGCUGGCAUUAUCAGCAGAGAUCGCUAAUGCCGUCGCCAAUAAUGGAUCAACGAACGACAACAGUAAGAAGCAACAAAUCGAUCAACAAAGAAAUCCGAUUGUUGCUCUGCGAGCGGAAGCAUUGGAUGGAAUCGAUCUAAAAUACAGAGAAUCUCCGGCAGCGGGCUACUAUUAUGGAAUCUUGAACACCGGUCGAAGACGUUAUGGACAUCCUGCCGUUGCUGGUACAUUGCCGGACAUUUGGCCUCCAGUAUGUGGAGAUGAUGACGACGAGAAAGAUUACAACGAGCAAGAUCAGAGCGUAUCCCAAUCAGACACUGCUGGUUUACCUGCCGAUAAUAGCGAUCGCGGAUCAUUGACGGGCGUUGGUAGUGUGCUGGGAAGAACACGAAGACAGAGCAGACGUAAGAUGUCAUCGCCAGAAGCAGCACUUCUACUGAACUAA